GCCUUGGUGGAGAAGAUUUGGCAACUUGUGCAAGACUCAAAGCCGGCCCUGAAGCAGAAUGUUGAGGGCAUCCAGGCCACGCUGACCACAGAGGGCAAAGGCAUGUCGAAUUGCGGUGGAGAUGCGCUGCAGAAGAGCGCUUCGACGUUCAAAACGGAUUUUACUGCCAAGAGCGAUGCACACAAAACAUGCCGGCAGACGGAGAAGUUGAAUUUCAACGAACACAAGACAUGCGACAAAGACCAUGAGACGGCCAAAGCCACCCAGACGACAAGCUGCGAUGCCGUGGCUGCCAUGGAGAAGACCAUGUAUGAGUACAAGUCCACUUGCGAAGUGCAAGCAGGCGAGACUUUUGAGGCUUUCCACACCCGGAUUAUCGAGGCAUCACAGAAACAUCUAGCCGAUUACAAGACGGCGAAGUCAGCCUGCGAGGAUGCCAAGAAGGCGGUGGAAGAAAAAGAGACAGAAUGCACCACUGCGCUGAAGACCUACGAGUCCCAGAAGACGAAUU